AUGCACAGCAUAAAGACCUUCUGGAGUCCGGAGUUGAAGAAGGAGCGGGCGUUGAGGAAAGAGGAGAGCGCGAAAUACAGCCUCAUUAAUGACCAACUUAAGUUGCUCAAUCAAGAAAAUCAAAAACAAGCCAUGCUGGUGAGGCAGUUGGAAGAAGAACUGAGAUUACGAAUGCGACAACCUGCUCCUGAACUGCAGCAACAACUCGAAGCACUAUACGCAGAAAAUGAACACCUACAACGAGAAAUAGCGAUACUGAGGGACACCAUUAAAGAACUGGAGCUUCGUAUUGAAACCCAGAAACAAACAUUGCAAGCCAGAGAUGAAAGCAUCAAAAAAUUACUCGAGAUGUUGCAGAAUAAGGGAAUGGGUAAAGAAGAAGAGAGACAAAUGUUCCAACAAAUGCAAGCAAUGGCACAGAAACAGGAGCUCAAGGCGACGGCGGACACGCUGCGGGCGCUGCAGAUUCAGCUGGAGCGCGCGCUGACCGCGGCCGGGCUGCCCGGCGGCAGCGCGGGCGCCACGCUCACCGCCGUGCUCGAGACCAAGGAAGCGCGCAUCGCGACACUGGAGCGCCAGGUGGCUCUGCUCGAGAGCGAGCUGGCUGCGCUCGUGUCGCCGCCGCCGCCCUCGCUCGCGCCUUCCCACGCCUCGCUUUACGAUAAGGCCGACCCUCCCUUCAAGAGACAAUUGGAUGAGUUCCGGUUGGAGAUCCAGAGAAGAGACCAGGAGAUUUUGGCGAUGGCCGCGAAGAUGAAGGCACUCGAGGAGCAGCAUCAAGAUUACCAACGUCACAUCGCCGUUUUGAAGGAAUCCCUCUGCGCUAAGGAAGAGCAUUACAGCAUGCUACAAACAGAUGUGGAAGAACUCAAAGCCCGUCUCGACGAAAAGAGCAGAAUUGUAGAAAAGAAGACAGCAGCAGCACUGGCUGCCGCUCACGAGCUCGCAGAACUCAGAGAUCACUCCGAAAUCAAGGACCGAAAGAUCAACGUGUUACAAAGAAAGAUUGAGAAUUUAGAAGACCUUCUCAAAGAAAAAGACAAUCAAGUCGAUAUGGCUAGAGCUAGACUUAAUGCAAUGCAAGCACAUCAUUGCUCUUCUGAAGGGGCAUUAUCAUCACUAGAAGAAGUUAUUGGUGAUAAAGAAAAGCAAAUUCAACAAUUAAGAGAACAAAGAGAUAGGGCUGAACAUGAGAAGAAUGAAGAAAGAGAACUGCACGAAAGAGAAAUAGCAGAAUACAAAAUGAAAUUACACGCGUUAGAAAGUGAGGUAGAGAAACUGGGAGCUAGACUAGAGAGAGCUCAAGCAGAGAAAGAUCGCCUUGAAGCAAAACUGGAGAGCUCACAAUCUGAGUUAGGGAAGUCCAAAGCUGAACUUGACAAAGCUGCAAGUGAAGUGGGGAGAUCGGGUGCAGAUUGGGAAGCUGCUAAACAACGCCUAGCGAGACUAGAACUUGAAAAUGAAAGACUCAAGCACGAAUUAGAACGAUCUCAAACUACAUUUGGUAGAAGCACGUUGACUACUUCUCAGGAAUUGGAUAGAAUUCAAGAAAAGGCUGAUAAAUCUGCUGCAGAGUUAAGGAGAACUCAAGCAGAGUUGAGAGUGACGCAAGCAGACGCAGAAAGAGCUAGAUCAGAAGCAAGUGCAUUGCAAGAUAAAUUGGAAAAAUCGCAAGGUGAAGUCUACCGUCUCAAAGCUAAAUUAGAAAAUGCACAAACUGAACAAGACAGUCUAAAGGAGGAGUAUGACCGAGUACAGUCUUCAGUAAGCCGUUUGCAUUCGGAAAGAGACAAGGCCAUAGCGGAAUUAGAAAAGGCAAGAGAAGAACUGGAAAGAACUCAAGCGACUCUCGGAAAGGCUCAAUUGCAGCAGGACAAAUUACAAGCUUCACUAGAUGCCGCUCACUCUGAAAUCGAUAAACUACAGGAGAAGUUAGACAAGGCAUCGGCUGAAAUCCGUAAACUCCAAGUGGACCGGGAGAAGCAAGCUUACGACUUUGAGUCCAUACAGUCACAACUCGAUAAGGCUUUGGGUCAGGCCGCGCGGUUGCAAAAGGAAAGAGACACCGCCCAACUGGAUGCUGACAGAUUCCACGACAAGCAUGAAAAAGCGCAGGCACUAGUAGCUCGUAUACAAAAAGAAAGAGAUGCCGCAUUAGCGGAAGCAGCCAGUUGUCGUGAAAGAGCUGAAGCGGCAGCGGCAGCCGCUAACAGGGCCGCUAGAGAUCGCGAUAGCGCGGCAACGGAAUUAGAUGUUUUGCGGGAACGAUGGGAGAAGGCACAUCAGCAGCAUCAAAAACUGACGAUGGAACGAGACGAUGCUCUCACGGAACUUGAAAUUUUGAAGGAAAAACUUGACAAAGCCUUAUACUCCACACAAAAAACUAUAGAAGAGAAAGAGACUGCGCACAAAGAAUAUGAAAAAAUGCUUGAAAAGUAUGAUAGGUCUCAAAAUGAAAUUUACAGAUUGCAGAACAAAAUAGACAUUCUAGAGGCUGACAAAGAUCGUCUUGAACUUGAAUUGGAGAAACAAGUGCAUUUAGCAACAAAGUCAAGGGAGGAACAAAGAAAAUUACAAGAUGAAUUAGCUAGAGUACAGGAAAUGUAUGACAGAGCCUCUUUACAACUUGGUAGGACUAAGGAAUUAGAAGAAAAGGCUAAAGAAGAUAUGGACAGAAUGAGUGUCGAUAUUGAGAUGGUACGAGAACGAUAUGAAAAGGGUCAAAUUGAAUUACGCAGACUUCAGGCAGAAAAAGAUAAGUUAAUAGCGGAUAAUGAAAGACUUCAAUUUGAAUACGAUCGUGCAAUGACACAGUGUGGUAAAGCACAAGCAUCAAAUGAAAAAACUCAAGAAGAAAUGGCAAGAGUGCAAAUAGAACUAGAAAAGAUGUACGAUAAACACGAUAAAGUCUCUGCAGAGUUGAGAAGAGUACAGGCUGAAUUGGACAAAGUAAAACAAGAUGCUAGUGGCGCAAGGGAGGAAGCGGAAAGAUAUGCAUCUCGCUACGGCAAGUAUCACGACAGCAAAGAAGAGCAUGAAAGGACAAAGUUGGAGGUGGAACGUCUGCGCACGCGGUUAGAGAAGACUACACUAGAAUUGGAGCGGGCACGCAAAGCUGAGGAAGAGGUGACCCGUCUGCGCUCGGAGCUCGAACGCGUCGAAGGCCUUCGAGGUAAAUACCAAUUCGAACAGGAUAAAUGGAGUAACGAAAUAAAUCGAAUGCAGGCUGAACUUGACAAGCACCGUGAACGGUACGAGGCAUCGCAAGCAGAAAUACAACGACUUCAAGCCGAAAAGGAGCAAGCAGAGACGAAGUUACAUGAAUCUAAUAUACAAUUAGAACUCUCUAAGAGUGAGGUAGCAAAACUUAGCGCGGCAUUAGAAAAGCAAAGAUUGGAUCUCGAACGUGCUCAUAUUGAGUGCGAGAAAUUUAGAGACCGAUGCGAAAAAUUAAAACUACGUUCAGAUCAAUUAGAUAAAGAUAACGAGAGGCUCAAAGGUGAAUUACAACAAAUAGAAAGGAUGAAGUUACAGGCAGUUGCUGGGGACAAGGCAAGGACAGAAGAUAGACUUGAAAUUGAACGUCUUAGAGAAAAAUUAGAAAAAGCCAUUCAAGCAAGAGAUGCUACGGAGAUGGAGGCUGGUCGCCUAGCAAAGGAACUCGAAAAAUCUCAGAUGCAUCUUGCGAAAUAUCAGGAAACGAAUGAAACGACACGAGUUGAAUAUGACAGAAUGACUAAUGAAUUAGGUCGAAUGCAUGAAAGACUUGAGCGUACUAUUCUCGAAAUGCGACAGAUUGAACAAGAGAGAGAUGCACUUAGAGUGGAGAUACAAAACACAAGGCGUAAUAUAGAACAACAGCAGAGAACUUUAGACCACCGAACGCAAGAAACUUUAGUAAAACUACAGCAAGAGCUAGCGCAAUCUGUGAGAGACCGAGAAAAGAUGGCGUCUAUACUAGAGCAAAGAGAUAAGCAGGCAGAUGCAAUAGAAAAACAAAUAGUCAAACUAGAAGCAGACACGAAGCAACUGACCAUCGAACGAGAUCAAUUGGUGGCGCAGCUAGAGAAAUCUCAAGAUAUGUUAGUAAAUUUCCAACGAGAGCUUAAUGCAUCAGAAGCUGAACUUCAAAAGCAGCGUGAAGAAGUUCGUAGAUUGAAGGAAGAACAGAGAAAGGUUGUUCAGGAUUCGGAACGUGGUACGAAAACCGUCCUUGAGAGUCGCGAUAGAGAAAUCGCGAAACUGCAACAACAAAUGCAAGCAGUUAACAAAGAAAAGGAGUCGUUCAGGCAAAGAGCUGAAAAAGCAGAAAAAGAAGCACAGAAAGUGGGCGAGAUUGAGAAAUGGCGAGCAGCUGUCGAAGCUGAAAAGUCUAAAGCGAUCGCAGCGGAAAAAGCAUACUCGGAAUGCCACCAGCGGUUACAGUCUUUGGAGAAACAGUUCCAGGCGCAACAACAGCAACUACAGCAGCUUCAAGCGCGGGGACCAUCAGACGUACGUGAAGUUCAGAAGCAGCUUGAAGCAGCGCAAGCAGAGGCGCGCUCACUUGCUGUGGAGAGGGAGCGAUGCCAGUCUCAGCUGGAGAUGCUUGUUCAAGAAUUGGAGAAGAGCCAGCUCGAUCUCCGCGAAGCGAACAAGAAAUUACAAACGGUUGGCGCUCAGAACGCCAAAGCUGGGGAAGAUUCAGCGCAAGCUAGAAAGCAACUACAGGAAGAAAUGAAGAAGUUGGAAGAUAUGAAGAAACAGUUUGACGAACAAAGAAGAGCAUUAGAGAAUAAGAGGAAAGACGUGGAAGAGAAGGAGAAGUCGCUGACGGAAUUAGAUCGUCAGUUGAAGAAGAGAAAAGAACAAAUGGACCAAAUGGAAGCAUCUUUGAGGAAGGCGGGCGGAAGCGCAGCUGCAGUGACAGAAAUAAACCGCAAGUUGACGGAUACACAAAAGGAAGCAGACCAACUCAAACAACAACUGAAACAAAGCGAGGAAGAAUCAAAACGCUUAACUGCAGAAACCGAGAGGCUUCUACAGCUGGUACAAAUGUCGCAGGAAGAACAGGCGCAGAAGGAGAAGCAAAUAAUGGAUCUGCAACAAUCAAUAAGAAACCUUCAAGCCAAAUUAAAAAGUCAGCAGCAAGCACAAGCACAAAAAGAAGAGGCCGGACCCGCAGGCUUCCUCAAAAGCUUUUUCUAA